UCAGUAAAGAAAUUUUGUUUGAACUUUAUGCCUUUUACCCAGCUAGCUCACAUAGAAUGAAGAGCAUACUUAUAAGGACUAGCUUCUAUGGCUCUGUGGCCUCCUCCUCCUCCUCCUCCUUCUCCUCCUCCUCAUCAUUAUCUAUGCUGGAUAAUCGGUACUAACCUGCAGAAUUGAUCACGAUUAGCUGAAAGUUACAAAGAUUGUUUGCCUCAAGUUCAUGAUGAGUGAAGUAAGAUGAUAUCAAAUUCAAGAGAAAAAGAUGUUCAAGCCAAGCAAGAGGGCGAAAACAAUGAUCAUGGAGAGUUCUCUAAGCAGGCAGCUUCAAGUACUACUUCGACUAGGCAAUGGGCAGGAUUUAGAAAUCCAAGGAUUGUACGUGUCUCACGUUCUUUUGGAGGAAAAGACAGGCAUAGCAAGGUUUGCACCAUAAGAGGAUUGAGAGACAGAAGGAUUAGGCUUUCAGUGCCCACAGCAAUUCAGCUCUACGAUCUUCAAGAUAGGCUAGGGCUUGGCCAGCCAAGCAAGGUGAUUGAUUGGCUGCUUGAUGCCACUAAACUUGACAUUGAUAAGCUCCCACCAUUGCCAAUAUUUCCUCAGGGAACUGGUCAAUUUCAUCAUCAACACCUUCUUUCUCAUGAUCAUCAAUCAAGUACUGAUCCCUCUCAUCAGAUUAAUUCUUUCAACCCUUUCUUUGAUGCAAAUAUUCCUACAUUUGUAAAGGAUGGGGAAGAUCAUCAAUAUGUAGAUCCUUCAUCAAGAGCAAAAACUAAGGAGGUUUCUGAUAAAGGCAAGUGGAUCAGAACAAAUGAAGAAGAAAGUAGUCAAGAUCAUCAUGGAAUCGGUGGUUAUGGUGGACAAAUUUCAGCUCAAAAUUUUUUCCCUAUAGCCAAUCACCCCUUGCUAAACAAUGCCAUGGCUUACAAUUCCUACCAUCAAGCUGAGGCUUCUGGUAAUUUAUCUCUAUCUCAGUUUGGAAGCCAGGGAAUAUUUCCCUCCCAAUUAAAUCCCCAUACAAUUAGUAAUGCCGUACAACUUCCAUCUGGUCCUCAAUUGUUUUUCUGUCCAUCAUCAACAACACCUGCAGGACUUUUUACUCAAUAUCCUUCAUAUAUGGCGACGCCAAUAGAGAGUGAUCCGAGACAAUUCAACCAUUUUCAUCAAUUGUUGAGCUCAAGUACUUCACAACAUGUUCUACCUCAUCAUCCUCUCAUGCCAUCUCUUCAUUCAAUUAGCUCCGCCUUGAAAUCCUUUCCAACAGAUGAUCAUAACAAUCCCAAGAAUCCUGAUCAAUCACAACAAAACAAUGAAAGCAAAAUGGAUAAGGAUAACAAUGGUUCUUAAGGACCAUGAACAUGGUGGAUAUGCUCAACAUUAAUUGGCAGAUCAGAAGAUUAAGUACGUACAAGUAAGCACUUUAAAAGUUUCAUUUAUUAAUUUCCUGCAUUUGGCUACGAUUUUCAUCAAAUAGUGAUGUGAAUACAUGCAAGUUUGUAAGGAUGAUCAUAAUGCUAUAUAUACAAUACUGCAUACUUGUGUUUGA